UUUUGCUAUGUGGCGGCAGAAGAACUUCGUUCAGUACUACCUAAGUUGGCACCUGAAAGUGUAACACUUCAGAAUACAGUGUAUUCUUUGAGGAAGUCCUUUUAAAACUCUCUUCUGGGACAAAUGAAGGUGUCAUGUCAGUAUCUGUGCACAGCUGUGUGUGCUUGCGUGUCGGGCAGAUGGUGGGGCUGGACCGGAGGGAGCUGCUUUGUGACCCACAGGUGGCUGUUCACUGGAUGUGACUUGCUAAAAAGCAGACUAACACCUGCAGAAGACUUGGAGUUGAAAGAGGAAAGAGAUAAUCAGUGAUGAACACACUCUCAUACAGAGAGGAAGAUAGAGGGAAAAAAGCAGUGAUAAAAGCAGCAAUGAGCAGAGCUGAAGCACACAAAGAUAGUGAUGGACUGUUAAAAGACAAAAUGUCUGAUAUUUAUGAAGCUGUUGAGUCUACUGGACCAGAUGGAGAGCGAGUAGAGAUGAUGGUGAACAUCUAUGAGAGUGCAGAUUAUGUGAUAGAUCAUGACCUCCAAACAAACCCGCAACAACCACUUCAGCAAACAGGUAGUAUUUGCUUGAAGAAAAGACGCUCAAGAGCAUCUCCAGUGUGUGUGGUGCUGCUGUGUUCUCUUCUGAUGACUGCAGUCACAGUGUUAAGUCUCUACGUUUAUACAAAUUACACACAAGAGACCAGAAUUACCAGCCUCACAGAAGAGAGAGACCAGCUACUAACCAACAUAACUAACCUCACAGAAGAGAAAGCCAAGCUACUAGCCAGCAAUACCAACCUCAAAGUUGAGAAAGAUCAGCAACUUAAAAUGAUGAAAGCUAUGAAAGAUCAAUUAGAGAACAUAAUCAAAAACCUUUUAAAGGAAAAUAAGCAAUUCUCAUCCAAGAAUGAGGAUCUAUUGAAACAAAGUGCGCAGUUAAAGAAGGAGAAAAAAGACCUGGAGAAGCGUCUUCAUGAACAGGAUAGCUGGUUUUACUUUCAGUCCAGUUUUUACUUCAUUUCCUCUGAGGAAAGGAAUUGGACUGAAAGCAGAAGAUACUGUAGAGACAAAGGAGCAGAUCUGAUUAUCAUAAACAACAGAGAAGAACAAGAUCACGUUAAGAAAAUGUCUGGGGGUUUUACGGUCUGGAUUGGUCUGACUGACAGUGAUGACAGAUGGAAAUGGAUUGAUGGCACCAACAUGACCACUGGUUUCAGGUUCUGGAAUCAUGGAGAGCCAAAUGGACAAGGAGGAGAGAACUGUGUUACGUCUCGUUCUUCAGGGUGGGCUGAUUAUCCAUGUUUUUAUCCUUUUCCUUGGAUCUGUGAGAAAAACACUUUAAAAUGUCAAUAAAUCACGUCUUUGCUGUUUCACUUAAAUACAAUAAUCACAAACAUACUGACUACUGUACAUUUUUAUUUCAAACAUUGCUGUGUACACUAUAAUAAAUAAGCUUGUUCUGUCUUUG